AUGAGGACGAAACCUAAUUUGACCUUUUCGAAGCUAGAUAAGGAGACUGGAGAUAAAUUAGAUCGCAUGUUCGAAAAAGAAGAUUGCAUGGUCGAAAUAAAUCCUGGACGUGUAAUAUUGCCAGCUGAUUAUAUGAAUAUUGGGCAAGAUAUUUUAGAUAUGGAGGUGUUAGAGGACGAUGUUUGGAUGUGUUCUUAUCCUAGAACUGGAUCAACAUGGGCACAAGAAAUGGUUUGGCUUAUCGGCCACGACUUGGACUAUGAAGGUGCAAAAUCCUUACAACAGAUUCGGUGUCCGUUAGUGGAACUCUCAUGUAUAAUGGUAGAUGGUCACGCGGAGUGGCACGAUGAGUCUGUUCGAGGUACUUCAGUGGACCUUGUAAAGUAUCGUUUGGCUCAUCCCCGCUAUAUCCGUAGUCACCUGCCUUGGGACCUACUGCCAAUUGAUAUAUUAAAAGAGGAUGGAUCUGUUAAACCAAAAGUUAUAUAUACAUCCCGCAAUCCAAAAGACAUGGUGGUUUCUUACUAUCACUACUGUACGCUGGUGCACGGACUCAAAGGAACGUUUGAGGACUUCUGUGACCUCUUCAUACGGGAUCGAGCUCCAUUCGGACCGGUUUGGAAUCAUAUACUUGGUUUUUGGAAAAGACGCGAUGACCCGAACAUCCUCUUCAUCAAAUUCGAAGAAAUGAAACGCGACCUACCAGAAGUCGUGAGGAAAACGGCAAAAUUUUUGAACAAAAGCUUAAGCGACGAGGAAGUUUUUAAAUUGUGCGAUCAUUUGUCGUUCCAAAAUAUGAAAACCAAUAGAGCGGUCAAUCUAGAAGCGGUCCUGGAAAAAUCUUUUGGUAAAAAUUAUUUAGAGCAAACUUCGCUCAGAUUUAUAAGAAAAGGUGAGAUCGGUGACUGGAAAAAUUUCAUGUCGGACGAUUUGUCGCGACGUUUCGAUAAUUGGGCCGAGGAAAAUUUAAAAGGUACAGAAUUGAGCUUUGAG